AUGGAUAACUCUUCUUAUCCUGUGAUGCUGACUCUUAUGGUGCCCAAAGAAUCAAAAUCAUUUAGGCACAUAUACUUUACUUGUUUUCUUUUCCUUUAUUUGCUCAUACUGUCUUUAAAUUUUCGACUUGUUUCUGUCAUUGUCAUGGAAAAAUCCCUUCAUGAACCAAUGUACAUAUUCAUAUGUAAUCUAUGUGUGAAUGCAAUAUAUGGAGCAUCAGGAUUCUACCCUAUAUUUUUGUAUAAUUUGAUUUUGGAUUCAUAUGUCAUUUCCUCUCACAUGUGUGCUCUGCAAACCUUUGUCAUAUACAGCUCUUUAAUGUCUGAGGUUACAAUAUUAACGGUCAUGUCAUAUGAUAGAUAUGUAGCCAUAUGCAGACCUUUAGACUAUCAUUCAAAAUUAACUAAAAGCACCUGCUUGAAAUUAAUUCUGUUUUCCUGGAUUGUACCAAACUGCUAUGCAGUUCCGACAUGCCUUUUAUCAAACUUAAGGGCGUUUUGCAAAUAUCACAUUGACAAAUUAUAUUGUGACAACUGGUCAAUUGUAAAACUGUCUUGUGCAUCACCUUUUGUUAAUAAUCUUUUUGGAUAUGUAAUUAUUGUCACAUUUACUUCUUUUGUAGUUGUUAUCAUAGUGUCAUACGUUAAACUCAUUGCUGGAUGUAAAGCAUCUUUAGAAAACAGAAAAAAAUUCUGGCAAACCUGUUUGCCACACUUACUGUCACUUAUCAAUUUCAUUUGUGCUUCUCUUUUUGAUGUCAUGUAUAGCAGAUACGGUGCUAAUGAUAUUUCAGAGAGUUUACGUCAUUUUUUGGCUUUAGAACUGAUUAUAGUUCCUCCUGUUGUUAAUCCUCUAAUCUAUGGAUUAAAUAUUAAGGCUGUGCGUAAAAGAGUUAUCCCGUCAUGUAUAUUAUUAAGAAAAAAAUGUUUCACAAAUAUUUGUUUAAAGCAAGUGUAA